AUGCCAUUUGGCAUAAACUCGGCCAGCGAAGUUUUCCAGAGGAGAAUGAGCCAGGCAUUUGAGGACAUUGACGGUGUGGAAGUCAUCGUAGACGACAUUUUAAUUUGGGGUAAAGACGAGGCAGAACAUAAUGAUCGUCUUAAACAGGUUUUAGAAAGAGUACGUCAAAUUAACUUAAAGCUAAACAAGGACAAGUCGAGGAUUCAGACCACUGAGGUUUCAUAUAUCGGACACAAGAUUACAAGGGACGGAUUGAAACCCGACCCCGAAAAGGUGAAGGCGAUACAUGACAUUACAACGCCUAAGGACAAGAAAGAUUUAAUGAGAUUUUUAGGCAUGGUGAACUAUCUUGCCAAAUUUGUCCCAAGUCUAUCUGAUCUGACACAGCCGUUAAGAGAGCUAAUCAAGAAAGACAUUGAGUGGCAUUGGACAAAAACUCACGAAAACGCAUUCAAUCGCGUCAAAAGCAGUUUAAUGCAGGACAAGCUACUCAAAUACUACGACGUGACAGAACCGGUUACAUUAUCUGUUGAUUCAUCAUCCUAUGGGCUCGGAGCAUGCCUCAUGCAAGAUAGCAAACCAGUCUCAUACGCGUCACGAUCUCUAAACCAGGCAGAAAAAAACUAUGCCCAAAUUGAGAAAGAGCUGCUUGCGAUAGUCUUUGGAUGCAAAAAAUACCACCAAUACAUUUAUGGAAAACCGGUUACAAUCGAAACAGAUCACAAACCCCUUGAGUAUCUCUUCAAGAAACCAUUGAUAGCGUCGCCGCCACGACUGCAGAGAAUGAUGCUGAGUCUUCAACAGUACGACCUGUCUGUCUACUACAAGCCCGGAAGAACGCUAUACAUCGCCGACACGCUGAGCAGGGCCCCAGGAACCCAAACGGAACCUGAACAAGAGACUAGCUACGUACAUACGAUCCAGAACUUGCCCGUGUCAACAGAAAGGAUUGAGGAAUUCAAGGUCGAGACCAACAAAGACACGGUCCUUCAAAAACUGUUGCAACAAACGAAGCGAGGAUGGCCAGAAAAUAAGCACUCAGUAGAUCCUGAAAUCCACCAAUUUUGGUCGGUAAGAGACGAGAUCAGCGAAGAAGAGGGACUACUUCUUAGAGGAGAGCGACUAAUCGUACCAAGAACGCUAAGAACUGCAAUGCUCACAAAGAUCCACGAGAAUCAUUUGGGAAUUGAAAAGUGCAAACGCAGAGCUCGAGACAUUCUAUAUUGGCCAGGAAUGAACGACCAGAUCGCACAAAUGGUGUCCAGAUGCGAGACGUGCACAAAAUACCGAAACAAGCAACAGAAAGAGCCAAUGAGAGGACACGAAAUCCCAGACAGACCGUGGCAAAAAGUCAGUAUGGACUUAUUCCAAUUCGGCAAAGAUACGUACAUUGUCAUAACGGACUAUUACUCCAAAUUUUUCGAGGUAUCGAAGCUAACGAGCGUUACAGCAUCAGGAACCAUACGCCACAUAAAACCCCACUUCGCACGCUAUGGAAUACCCGAGGAAGUGAUAUCCGACAACGGGCCACAAUUCAGCUGUAAGGAGUUCAAAGAAUUCGCCGAUAAAUACGAGUUUAAGCACACGACGUCCUCGCCAAAGUACCCACAAUCCAAUGGCCUUGCGGAACGGACAGUCCAAACGGUUAAGAGCAUCUUUGUGAAAGCGAAAGAGGGCAACAGCGACCCUAACCUAGCUAUUCUAGCUCUACGUAACACACCAAUAGAUGGGAUUGGCCUAUCUCCAGUCCAAAUGCUCAUGGGUAGACGAACGAGAACUCGUCUUCCAUCGCAUAAAGCGCUCCUAGUACCAAAGUUCGACACUGCAAAGAUCAAACCAGCCCUACAAGAGAGGCAACAGAAACAGAAACUGUACUAUGAUCGAAACGCAAAACCUCUUGAGCCGUUAAAACAAGGUGAUAACGUGAAAAUGCGUGACGAAGACAAGAAAGUAUGGUUACCUGCCACAGUUACGAGAGUUAACGAAGAACCACGAUCCUAUACAAUCACAAGUGAAUCAGGAGGAGAAUACAGGAGAAACCGGAGAGAUUUGGAAAAGUGCCAGCGUGACAGUCGGAACGAUGAUGAAACCCCACAGACCAGCGCGACUGAAAACAAACCAGUUACGCGUUCCAGCCUAGGAAAAACAAUUGCACAACCCAGUCGUUAUGGGUUUGACUGA